AUGGAGUUCGCUAUCAAGGAUUCUAAUAUCGAACUCCUUCUGGGUGACAUUAUAUUGAUAAUGAUAAUUACGAUAUUAUCAAUAUCGGUAAGAGUUAGAUCUGUUCAUCAUCCUAAUUCUAUUGUAUUUGACGAAACUUAUUUCGGAAAUUUUACUAACGAUUACAUAGAACACGAAUUUUAUCAAGACAUACAUCCACCAUUCGCGAAAUUACUUAUGUACAAGAUCGCAGAAGCAGGAGAAUAUGAUGGGCAUCUUAGUUUCAGUGGAAAGACACCAUAUACGAGCCCAGAAUAUACAAUGCUAAGAUUAACACCAGGAUUAUUUUCUUCUUUCGUUCCUCCUUUAUGCUACUUAUGCGUAAGAUUUUUAGGUUUUUCUAAAUCUGCCGCUUUUACAUCGGGAAUCGCUGCCACUUUCGAGACAACUUUAAUUGCUGAAGGUAGGCACAUUCUCACAGAUGGAAUUCUACACUUUUUCUCAAUACUUCACGUUACUGUUUUAUUAUAUUUACGCUCUUUAAAGAGAAGAGACUUUAAGUUCUGGGUUUGGCAUGCACUUACAGGAAUUACGCUUGGACUAGCUUGCGCAAUCAAAAAUACAGCAUGGGGAUUGAUGAUGCUUGAUGCUUUUGUUUAUUUGAAACUUCUUUGGCCUGAAGCUGAAGUUUCAAUGGAUCAUUACAUUCGCCAAGUACUAUUUUAUGGGUCAACCCUAUUUUUAAUUAAUUUUUUGGUGUUUUGGUCCACAUAUAUUUUUCAUUUCCUUGCUUUACCUUUUAUCGGGCCAUCAACACCAUUUACUCAUAUUGAAGUGACUUCUUUUCUUGUUAAGAAAGGAAAUAGCUCAUUACUUCGACCCCGAAUUGAUCCACCAAAUCUAUUAAUUCGAACUUUGUUAUAUAUAUAUAUUACACAUCGUGGAAACAUGCGACUUGGCUAUUUCCACGAAUCCCAGAGUCAUCCUGAUAAUUGGCCCUUAAUGACAGGUGUUGGAGUUUUCUUUUAUCACAAUUGCGGAAGAGAACUUCAUUGUCUUGGAAAUAUUUUCUGUUAUUACUUCGCUUUCAUUGGGUAUCUUUCAUGUUGUUUUGCAUUCAAGAAACCACAGAAAUGGGAAGCUCUAUUCAUUGCUGUUGGAUAUUCUUUCUCUUAUUUCCCUUUCUAUUUAAUUCCAAGAACAUUAUAUUUGUACCAUUAUUGUAUUCCUUUGAUGAUUGGUAUUGUUGGUUAUGGUGCUUUUUUGGAUAUUUAUCUCCCUCCAAAAACAAAAGGAAUUGUUAUUGUUUUAUCAAUUGCUUUAUUAGUUUAUUUCUAUUGGCUGAUUUCUCCUUUAAUUUACGCAUUGCCAUUGAGAGAUGAAAGAAAGAUGUUCUGGGAUAGCGCAUGGAGAUUUGGUGAUAAAAGACACAGAUUGGAGAAAUCACUUAACAAAGAAUCAAAAUAG